AUGGGACAGUCCAUUACCAAACUUCGUAAAGAAGUCACAAGUCCACAAGAAGGACAGAAACGAGAGUUUGAAGAACGUCUUCAGAUCCUAGAAAAAAUGAUCGAGCAAAGACUUGAGAUUGAGAAGAUCGCCAUCUUGAACGGUGAGAAAAAUGACCAAGAAAUUGAUACUGGUACCAUUGUGUCUUUACACAAAAUGGUGUUUAUAAAAACAGAAAAAAAGGAAAGCGAUGACUUGAAAAAAGUAAUCCAUCAAUUAUUUUCCGGUGACUUUAUCGGAGGGCUUGAGUCUAUUGUUGGGUUGGGUGCAGAAUCCGUUCUUGGUAAUGACAGCGUGGGAGAGUACGAUUCAACUGAUAUGUUUAUUGUCUGGAGUGACAAUGCUCUACUUCGUUGUGAUACGUACUAUUACCGAUGGAACUUUGUGUCAAAAUCUGUAAUAAACGAAAUAGAAGGAGUGACUGGUUGUCUUUUGAUGAAACGAGUGAUUGAUAUAACAAAAACCGAUCCUCAAGUGUUGACCUGGGCUAUAACAAGAAUGGCAGAUCGUUUCAAUAACGUGACAGAAGAGAAAUCAGCUGACUCUAAAGAUGGGGUAAGUACCAACCUAAUACGAAAGUUGAUCAUCAAAUAUAUUUCCAAUGUUUCUUAGUCUAGUUUUAUUGUAACUUAACAUCUACGACGUCAACGUCAGCUAGGACGUCAAGGAUGAGCAGAGGACUGGAACUAUGACGCCGUGCCAAAAUAAGUAGAUAGAGGAGACCUUAAUAUGUUGGUCGGCAAAGCGACGACAACGGCCAAAACAAAUUCAUUCAAAUAAAUUAUUGUAAAGCCGGUUUUUCACUUGCAAAUUUUUUGUCUUUAUCCAAUUGGUUCCAGAUGGUUCCAGUUGAGAGACCAAAGACAAAUGAAAAAUUCGCUUCGAGCGAAAAAAUUCGCAAGUGGAACUGAAGCCGGCAUCAAGAAAGCUUACCGUGUAUUAUCGUAUGAAUUGAACACAGCUUGAAGAGAUGAAAACAGAUGCUUUCUAUGAAUUCCACAUUACUCAUUAGUACUCAACCAAUUUGCUGAGUAUCCACUUCUUACGUAACUAAAAUGCAAACGUUCUACACAAGACAUAAAAACUCUGGUUUACACGACAUCUAAAUCUCUCAUGCGGGAUUUUAAUUAUUUAUUUCUUUUCUUAAAUAUUUAUUAAUUUCAUUGUAUUACUACCCGUCGUCAUCACGUUGCCGUCCUAGAUCUUAAGGUCUCUAAUAGCUAAAGAUCUACAACGUCAAAUAUCUAUAUAGGACGGCAAGCGGAAGUAAAUUGGCAAUAUUUUUGAAGCGCGCAUGCGUCUCUCUCAAUUGCUCGCCGUUCACCAAACGUCGAGUCGACAACUUCACAACAAGAGUUUUGCCGUCGUGGAUACAAUCGCAUAACAAACGGCAAUGAAUUCACACGUCUCUUUAAAAUUCAUUUUCGAAACGAUGUGAAUAUUUAUAGUUUAAAAGUCGACGUCAUGAAUCUCAAGUGGAUAUUUAGGUUAUCGUUCCAUGGAGUUCGCGCACCAAUAUAGGUUAGGGGUUAGGUUAGGGUAUAUAUAUAUAUAUAUAGGUUAUCAUAUAAGGGAUGAGGUGAUAUCAGUUUUAUCGCUCGAGGGAUGAUAUCACAAUUGUCACGAGCGAGCGCAGCGAGCGAGGCACAAUUGUGAUAUCGUCCCAAGAGCUAUAAAACUGAUAUCACCGAAUCCCGAGUACGAUAACCUAUUUAUUAUAUACUUGUACCUUUAUCAGGGUUUGACACCCAAAAGUAAACAGUUUUGAAAAAAUAGGAUCAUUUUAGAAUUCAAAACAAUUCAUCAUUUACUGAACAAAUAUGAUUUUAGAAAAUAAAUAGACCAUUCAUAUAAAUAAUAUACAAUUUAAGUCUUUCGUUUUGUAUAAUCGUUCUUGUUUUCUUCGAUAAACUGUCGACAUCAACCAACACGAACCUCGAGUCGGCCAUCUUUGUUUUGACAAGGCGCGAAAUUUAGCGGGACAAAAAACGAUAUCCGGGACAAAAAACGAUAUCCGGGACGAUAUCGUUUUUAUCCGGGACAAAAAACGAUAUCCGGGACGAUAUCGUUUUUAUGUCCCGCUGCUUCCUACCUGAUAAAGGUACAAGUAUGUGAUAAAUGUAUAUAUAUAUAUAUAUGUAUAUGUAUAUGUAUAUAUAUAUAUAUAUAUAUAUAUAUAUAUAUAUAUAUAUAUAUAUAUAUAUAUAUAUAUAUAUGUUGUUCAAAAUGAAAAAAAUUAAAAAUAAAAAAUUUUAAAAGAUUUAAUGUGCUGCUACUUAAGUUUCACGUAUUACCGAUCGUCAGACAGCUGACGAUCGGUAAUACGUGAAACUUAAGUAGCAGCACAUUAAAUUUUUUUAAAUUUUUUAUUUUUAUUUUUUUCAUUUUGAACAACAUAUUAAGCUCUGCGAAUUUCCCGCAUCGAGCACUGUACUCGUUUUGGCUUCAACAACCAAGCAAGUUAUAUAUAUAUAUAUAUAUAUAUAUAUAUAUGGGUUAUCGAGUUGUCUUUGCAGUGUACUAUAGUAUCCAUUACAUGACGUUUACUAUGUUGGUGCGCGAAACAUGGAACGAUUACCGAUAUUUAUUUAUUGAGGACGACGUCCCAGUCCUCUACUGAGCCCUGGCGUCCAAGCUGACGUCGUAGAUCUUAAGCUAUCUAAUUAACCAACCACGACGCAUGUUUCUAUAGGCCAAACAUAAAGAUACCAUUAAUGAAGCUUUAAAAGUCUUGGAGAACGUCGUGGAUAUUCAAAGAAGAAUAAAAGCUGUGGAAGCUGGUGAAAAACGGUAA